AUGGAUCUAAGCAACCCAGAAGAAGCUCCGGCAACCUUUGAUUCUAUAGUUCAGAACGCCAUGAAAGAGCGACAGAAAGUUGUAGGCCAUGAAGGUUCUUCUAGAAGGAACCAACAGGGUAGUGGUGGUACUGGAUUUGGGUCAGAUGGGUUCGAUUACCGGCUUAUGGCCGCUACUAUUUCUCCCAGAACAACCCAUAAGAGGAAUUUCAGCAAUUUCAUUGAAACACCUCAGUUCUUAUGUAACCUCUGCAAGCGCUGCCUUGGCCCUGUCCGUGACAUCUACAUGUACAGAGGAGAUAGCGCGUUUUGCAGUUUAGAACAUCGACAGCAGCAGAUUAACCUAGAGGAACGCAAGGAGAAGUGUGCGUUGGCUUCGAAGAAAGAUGCAUCGACUACCGCUGGAUCAAAAUCCUCCCCUUCUAAAGGAGAGACAGUCGCUGCUGCAUAG